AUGAACAGAAAUCAUCUGAACACUGAUAUAUAUGAACCAGGAGCAUAUGCAUCUGGUGUCGGUUGUCGAGUUGUUAGGGGCCCGGAUUGGAAGUGGAAUAAACAGGAUGGUGGUGAAGGACAUGUGGGCACCGUUCGACGAUUUGACACGACGGGUGAAGCUAUUGUCGUAUGGGAUUCAGGAAUCGUCGCCAAUUAUAGAUGUGGCAUCCUGGGCUUCGAUCUCCGCGUGCUAGACAGUUCGCCUACUGGAAUCAAGCAUCCUGGGACUGUAUGUGAAGGAUGUCAAGAGUCACCAAUUUACGGGGUUAGAUGGAAAUGCGCUGUGUGUUUGUGCGUCGACCUGUGCUCCGGGUGUUAUCAUGGCGACAAACACUCGCUAUCGCAUCAUUUCCUGCGGAUCGUUGCUCAGUACAAAACUAGAGUCAUUGUGGGUCGUCGACUGAAGCAAAGACGUAUCGAAUCAUUGGGCCUUUUUGCUAAAGCACGAGUCGUUAGAGGCAUCGACUGGAGUUGGGACAGUCAAGAUUGCAUAUCUCCAGUCGCAUCAACCGGUGGAUCGCUGCUACUAGGUAGUAGCAGCUCCGCUAUCAAUUGUCAUGGCCUAUUUUGUCAGAACGGGGAGCAGAUGUCAACUGGCCCGGUUUUGUUACCGACUCAAGGACGCAUCACAGACCGUCGGGACUGGUAUCCGUGGACUCCGAGAUCUGCAGCAUUGGUAGCAUGGGACAGUGGCGCUUAUAAUGUCUAUCGCGUGGGUUACGCAGGGCUGAUGGAUCUUAAGGCGAUCCGAUCUUCUAAAGGGGGCAGUUACUACGUCGAUCAUCUUCCCUUGUUGGCGGACCUUAGAGAUUGCCCAGGCGAAGAUACGUGUCAAAGAUUGGAAGAGCGGAACCGGUGCACAGGGGAAGAGGACGUCACCGAUGGGUACCGUGAUUCGGGCGGAAGCAUACCGAUACCAAACGUGACAAACCUGCAAGAUUUGGAGACCAGACGCCGCCGAACGACAACGGUAUUUAAUGAUGGACAUGUGAGCACAGGGCGUUCAAAUUGUAUCAGAGAAGAAGAGUCAGCAAGUGAGCAACAGCCAAGUAGAUGCAGAAUCACUGAGUUCGCAGUUCAGGACAUUGACAGAACACAAAGUGGACAUGAGCCAGCGGCCUCAAGCUGCUUGAAUGUUUGCACAUUGGCCAGCCGUUUGCAGGUUCAACCGACACCUAUGGUGGAUUGCCGAGGAAAUAACACAGGGCGUCACGCGCAUGCUCAGAGGCAUAUUCAGACCCCAUCUUCCUCACAAGGCUCAGAAGUGGAAGAUAUAUCGACUGGUAGAACACCGAGUUCCUCUGGAGGUGGUCUUCGCACAUUCGGUCAAACGGCACGUAGUUUGUUAACUGACCUACUGCGAGCCAACUCUUGUGCUUCUUCGACGGUAACGGUGCAGAAUCGGUUGCCUACCCAUCACAGAUCCUCUGUAACCAGCCCACCAGCACCGCGAAGAAUCAGUUGCGGGACAGUCAGUCGCAACCGCAACGUCAGGCAGAUGGCUGCUUCCGGGAGAAGUAACCAGGACAGAGGAACAGGAAUAGACAACUCUGCCCAACCACAACGACGACCGCAUGAGGCUAGCAACCUCGAAGCUCUGUGUAACCACACUUUACCGUCCGGCGGCUGUAUGAUGGUGGAUACUUCGACGCCAAGAUGCUCCUUUGCACCUUGCGCUCGCAGGGAACAAAUUCCGCGGAGGUUGUAUGGAUUGUACAACGAAAUCCAUGAGUCAACAUUGGAUCCCUCUGCGAACUUAGCAUCGUCAGCAAGGAACUGCGAGUCUAGUUCGUGUGCUCCUGAAGGACAAGCAGAUGCAUCUCAUGCUCAUUAUCACUCUUCCGCGGAACAUGCAGGCGAAGAACUGAUCAGGGCCGCCGAAGAAGGAGACGCGAAGCGACUCAAAUGCUUGUUACAGCACCGCCAUGUCAAUGUUAACACUAUUUAUGCCGGGUCGACAGCUUUGCAUACUGCAUGUGACGCAGGACAUUUGGCAUGCGUUUCUAUUCUAAUGUAUUUUGGAGCCAAGCGUCUAUUGCGUGAUGGCACCGGAAACCAAGCAGUGCAUUCUGCGGCCCAAGGAGGUAACAUCAAUGUACUUCAGCUGGUACUUUCACCUCGUCCGUCCCUUCGGAUGCCUCAUUUCAAUACGGACGAUCCACCUUGUGAAGCUCACGAUUCCAACUCGGUCGAUUCUCCUCCGCGAUCUGAUUUCGCAGUCCCCCAAUUCGACUGCGCAGAGGAGGUUGAUGAUGUUCCUGACGUAAAUUCCAGGAAUGCAUUGCGGCAAACUGCACUGCAUCUAGCCGUCACUCGCCAUGAUCUGGCACUAGCCCAGUGCUUGCUAGAGGAUUUCAAUGCUUUAUCGAGUUUGCAGGACUGUGAUGGUGAUACACCACUUCACGAUGCGAUCGCCGGGCAAGAUGAACGUUUGGUCGAGCUGUUGUUAAAACACAACGCAGAUUUGACGAUAACAAACAACUCCGGUCAAAAUCCUUUGCAUUACGCGGUAAUUCAAGGAGAGGCGAAAAUCGUCCGCAUUAUUUUACAGCACUGUCUUACUCAAACUCCAUGGCUAGUGGAUGAACCACAACCGGACGGCCUGACUGCAUUGCAUUUGGCUGCGUUCCACGGGCACUUAGAGGUGUGCGAUUUGCUUUUACAGGCUGGCGCCAACUCCAACUGUGCUGUGCAUCGACCAGCCGGAUUACUGCUACCACAGCUGCAGUCGACCACACGCGGUGAUGUUUCGUUGACCGCGUACACUCCACUCCACCUGGCGGUGCACAAGGAGCAUCCGGAUGUCGUUUGUAUGCUGUUAUGCUAUGGGGCUCGAGCUACUGGACGCAGUGGAGGGGGCAGAAGCCCCAUGCAGUUGGCCUUGACCGCCCUGUCGGCUCAGGCGGAUGAUGGUGCCCAGUACUCUGGACAUCCUCCAAAGAAAUUGGAGGUGGCAAUGGUCCCCUUCCUAGCCUCCGUGGCGCGUCUCUUGAUUUGCAUGGCGGACUCCCUCAUCUUCACAACUGGUCCCUCAAGCAUCCCUUCACCAGUGGGGGCCUUAUCGACCCCAAGGUACCCCUCUGGAGUGGCCCCGGCAAACGGACAACAUCUGAUAUCGAUUGAAGAUGAGCCAGGUGCAGACGAUGAAGGCGGUUCUUAUGCCCAAGUACAGAACUCCCCCAGACUUAUUUUGAGUAGUCCUUUAAGCCGCAGGUUGAAAUCUACCAUACAAGCCACACUAGAGACUCGUGUCCCCCGUUUGGUGUUGAUAGCGGCCUGUCUGGCCUCAGCUAUUGGAGCCGAGCACCGCCUACCCAGCCAACCGGAUACAGAUGACGAAGUUGAAUCGGACGAGACAGAGGGAAGAACAGGAUCGAUUGCUGAUAACUUCGUUACUGACGUAUUUUCCGAGAGCCUUGAUCCCGUCCUACAGUUGGCCCUUCAACAGUGCCACAUGGAGUCUAUGAACUUAGUCUCGACAGUCCGCACUCAAAUGACUAGAGCUCCGGAUGCCGAUGUGCGAUGCAGCCAGAGAACUAAAUGUAGACUGCCACAGGUCGAUGCUGGCACGAGUGCCGAGGAAAAUUUGGUGGACCUUUUAUUCCAAGUGGACAGCUCUGUUCAUGAUCCGGUUGGUUUGAUGCCCAGCACAGUGUGCAACGUCAUCGAUCUGCCAAUGCGGGACAGUCGGAACCAACCGGUCACAGCGGCGAAUCCGUUCAACAUGACCUUGAACAAUGCGCACCGGCCCACAUCGUCUCGCUUGAUGCCACCGUCUCUGAAUGAAAUCGAUCCAGAGUGGCGCGAAUGCUUGGUCUGUUCGGAAAAUGACCGGGCCACAGUGGCCAUACCAUGUGGACACAUUAUCACGUGUGACGGUUGUAGCUCGUUGGUCAAAAAAUGUCUCCUGUGCAGACAACGUAUCACUGGGUUUCGUCAGUUCACCAACUGCUGUGAAUGUCAGCAGGCACACGGAGUCAUCGUUGCCCGUCCAUGCAACCACAUGUUAUGGUGUGGAGCUUGUUUACAACUCAAAGUGACCAACCUGGAUGCCGCGUCUGCCCUACUACACUCUGCUGAUCCGAUCGGUCAUGCCAACGAAAUGAUGUUCACGCCUGACGCUAAUCGCAGAGACAUUACAGCCAGCGAGCACGCAACACAGUCAGCAACCGCAGCAUCCGGGGAAUGGCGCGAAGUACCACUCAGUCAGCUUCUCGCAAUGAUAAACAGUCUGAGUACAUUACUAGAUGACUUGGCCGCUGGAGGGCUAUGUAUAGACGGGUGUCCUGUGUGCAACGCGCCAGUAGAAACCCUUUGGCCAAUCAUUGUUUCUUGUGCUGGAGUGGAGUACCGAUCGACAACGUUAGCUAAUACCGAAGCAGAUCUUAUCCUCAACGCUGUAUCCCCAGACGUUUCUAACAGAGGUAAUGAUUCGCGGGUAGUUACUCAAUCAUACGGAACGGGUUCACCAAUCUUCAAUGCUGAUGACGGAAUUACGAAUUUCAUGAGACAGCAAUUCAGGGAAUGUCCCCGUGAAACAUCACACAAUCGUUUAGAAGAUUCAACAAUAGCAAUUACUGGUGCCACCUCAAUGCAGCCAGUAACUCCAAACAAUCACCUGCACCAUGUCGGUGCCCGAGGGGAGACUCCGAUGCGAGGGCGUCCAUCCCAACCCAACGGCAGGUUACGCGAACGUGAACUGAGCAAACUCAAACACGAACUUCAGGUGAUGCGUGAACAGAUCAGAUGUCCUAUAUGCCUGGACAGAUCAAGAAAUUUGGUGUUCAUGUGCGGACAUGCAACCUGUCAGUGGUGUGGAGAUCAAGUUACUUCCUGUCCCAUUUGCCGUCGGACGGUGGAGAGUAGGAUAAUUCUUUAUUGA